AUGAAGAGAAAACCCAAACGUCGCCUAUCCACAACGGACUCACACGCUUCUUCUAGCACUUCUACUUAUACGCACCCAAUUUCCAGUAACAUUAGCUCUUCUUCUUUGCCUCUUCACAAACGUUUUCGAAGACACGCCACACGAGGGACACCCGUUCAUGCACCAUUCGUAAGUGAUCCUGCGUGUAUAGAUCAUUCAGACGCAUUUGACGACAACGACGACGACACAGAAGUUUAUAGAAAGCACAGAAACAGCAUGAAUGAUACAGUCAGUGUAUCUUGCGGAAGCGAGAAAGAGAAUAAAGAAAAUAAAGAACGAAUGGAUUGUAAAGAAUGUAGGGAAAAAGAGGAUAAUACAAAAGAUCUUGAUAAAGAGUCAUGUAAAGCGAAUGUAGUAGGGAAAGAGAGAGAGAAAGAUAGAGACAAAGAAAGGGUCAAAGAGAAAGGCAAAGAUGCGAAAAUCCGAGGUAGAGAUCGCGAAAGAGAAGCAACACAAGAUCGAAGCGAGCAUGCUUCGAUGCUGCGGGCAGCGCAGGAAGAAAUAUUGGAAUUGAAAAAAGAGAUUAAAAGAUUACAGGCAGAAGUAUCGUUUAAAGAUCAAGUGAUCGAAAGUUUACACGCUCAGAGCAAGAAGCCUAAACCUGGCUUGACGUGUGUAAUCUGUGUUGAGUAUAUGAGUAAUCCGUGCACAAUAUCCUGUGGACAUACAUUCUGUUAUGAAUGUUUAUACGAUUGGCUGAAAAUCCGACGCGAAUGUCCAACCUGUAGGAAGAAAAUAUCUCAACGGCCGACACUUUCUUUCGUUGUAAAAGAACAAGUAGAAACUUACGUCGAGCAACUGGCUCCUGAUGAACGCGAAUCCGCUAAGGCUCGCUUACGUGAUAAGGAGGCUUCGCUGAAAGAACAGAGUGAUCCCUGGAGUGAGGUAUUUGGAGGUCACACGGUAGCAGUCAUUGUGGAUGAUGCUGAUGGAGUAAGUAUAGAAGUAUUGGAUGAAAGAAUAUGGAGAGACAGAUCACAGAUUAAUAAUCCGGUAGAGGAAUAUUCAUUUGAGGAAAAGACGUCAUUUCAUAAAUACGAUGUUCAAGGUGCGCUUGGGAAGGCAAGUUUCUCAGUGACUGGAUUGGUAAUCGGUAAUGUGUGUGUACAUUGUGGGGUUGACUACCGUGAGCGCACAUACCGAUUAGAUGAAAGCGACCAUGACCUAGGCCUUGACAGUGAUGAAUUCGACGACGACGAUGAUGACGAUAGUGACGGACAUCUCUUGUACUUCUAUGAGAGAAAUUCCUUCAGCGGCGGACGGGACAUCGACUCCUAUUCGGAGAACGACAGCAUCCCGGAUAUCUUAUCAGCCCGGGAAUCGGAUCCAUACGAGACAGAUUCGACGGAUCGAUCGUAUACAAACUCUGAUACGCAUAGUUUUAUACAACAGCAAUUACGGACACUAUGGACUCAGGAAUCACAGAUAGAACCUAUAUAUGUAAAUACAUCUUCGCAGAGCUCAAACAGAGGACAUCGUCGUGUGCCUUUAGCAACGUCAACAAGGAAUUCAUCCAGGCGUCAAGAUAACGAGGAUACUCCUCGUGGGAGCGAAUCGUCUGAUGGAUACCAUCCGUCUUCGAAUUAUUCUAUCGUUUCAGAUGAUACUUCAGACGCACCUCGCACUCAUCUAGCUCUUUCUCAAGGCACACAAUAUCGUUUAAGAUCUCCGAUACUAGCAGCAACUAUUCGUGGAUCACCGGGAUCAUCUCACGAUGAUAUACAUUCUGAUAGUUUGAUAUCGGAUGAUGCUGACGAUGAUACCUCUUCCAGUUCAUCGGAUGACGAUAUUAGCUAUGAAAGCGGGCGACACUCGUUGUCUACUCUGGUCAGUGAUGAUGCAGAAGAUUUUGAUAUACGCCGUCAACUACGCAGUAUUGGAGCAGGACAAGUUCGACCAUAUGUGAGCGGAGAAAAUUAUACAUCCGCUACUCGAAGCGGGGAAAGUUAUACAUCCGCUACUCGAAGCGGAGAUAGGAGGAGAUGGAUGGCAAGAGGAUGA